AUGGAUAAUGGAGUUUGUCUAGACCACUAUUUCGAUAAAAAGCAUGAUUCCCACUCACCAAAGACCCCAUGCUAUUCACCACUCACGGCAAAUCCCUCCACACUCAAUCUUCCUCUAAACUUAAACUUGACGAUGCACCGUGGCAGAAUCGCGUUUGGAAAGAAAUAUGUUGAGUGGCCGUGGAUCAAGUAUUAUCAGUACCCAAAACGUGGUCAAACAUCACGCGGGCGUGGUGGAACCAUUCAGAAGUGGCGAUGUGGGUCGGAAGGCUCCGCUAUAAAAGGUGUACCUACGCCUCAUGAGAUAUAUCCCAGUCUAUACAACGCCACUUGCAAAAGAAUGGAACUAUGUUAA